AUGAAUACAUUCCAUGUUCGUCCUGUACGAGUCAAGAUUAUGAUGAGUGCCUGUGUUGUUUCUGCUCGACCUGCGGGGAGUUCGGUCACACUAAAGACCGUUGCAUUCACACAAGAUGCCACGAUUGCCAUGGAUGGCAUGACGCUGAUGAAUGUCCUAGAGACAUGGAACUCCGGGAAUUGCGAUUUUCUCUACCGCGACCCCAUGCUCUACCUGAGUCAACAGGGCGGGCAAAUCAAGCCCCAGACAACAGAGGCGAUUCCCAUGGCGCCUUCGGUGCGGCACAAUAGUCUUGGGGUUGUUGAUCGUCUAUCAAUCCUGCGCUAUCUUGUCUCAAAGACCAAGCAAAAGUACAACGACAGAUACUCUAAGAUUCUAAACUCGGCACAUAUGGAUGUUGAGACCUUACUGGAUAAUAACUUGAGUCUUAGUGUGAAAGAACUCUGCGACAGAGGGCAGUUCACUCUUUCCAGCCUGAUUGCCCUUGUUGGAAGCCCAGAAAGCUCCCAAGAAGCCGGAGUCUACCUUCACAUCCUAUGGAGGCAGAAAAGUGAUAUGGAAUCGGUAUUCGUCAAACUUGCUGUGCAUGACGCCUUCAGCUCCGAGGAAGAUCAAUUAUUACUGAACCUCCAAGAGAUGUGGACGAGCCUGGUCUUCCAAACUCUUAGGGGUUUCCAUCUAGAUGAGUUUUUGCCACCUGGUUCGAACAAGCUAUGGGCAGGAAAUCAUCUGAACGUUUCCAUACCGCUGUGGCAAAGCUUCACUGCCAUUCCAAACGCGGAAACCAAAGGAGGAAGUCUCGCUUUCAAAGAGUAUCUGUGCCACAAGGACCCAGCUGUACGCCAUUGGACUGAAGAUGCCCGUGAUACCUUUAAUGACCUCCGCAACUCCCCAGAUCCUCUUCUCCGUCGUUAUUAUCUGGAACUCAACCAGGGAGCCCGGAAUACUGCGCGUGCAGCAUGGGAGAAGAAGAAGUAUGACGAGCUACGAGAGUACCUAUCAGGGAAAGUAGCAAUCGUUACAGAGAGCCAUGAUGGGGAAUUAAGUGAGGUCAGCGCCGGAAGCUUUCGAUUUACAAUUUCACGAAAGCUGGGCUUGAAUGUCGAUGGUGGUGACAAGGUCUUGCUCAAAAUGCAUUUAGCAGUGACUAGCCCUCAUCCACUUGCCUAUGCCCAUAAGGCGAGGUUAGACGAACCUGCAAGUCGAUUGGCAGUGUCUAUCGAAGGAGUACGUGGGGAUUUCUUUGACUGGUUGACAACAAGUGGGAACCUGAAUUUCCAAAAGACGAAUUCGUUGGUGGAUGUUCUGGAAGGACUGACCCUGGAAGAGAAUGAAUCUCUCCCGCGGCGCUGGCAUGUGAGGCGCAUGAUUCCGGGAGUAAGAGCGUCGAAGAAGCAUAAAUAUACCUAG